UCUGGCAGCACCGUAACAGGGCUGCCACUCUGCAAAUAAGAAUUAUUUACACUUUGUUUAUAGUAAUUCAUUCCGCAGUAAUGUCUGAUUUAGUGAGCGGAGAAGCAUCCGAAUCGGAUGAGGAACUGCAGGACAAGCACAAGAUUUUCGCAGCUGAAGUGCAGGGGGAGGCCUCCGAAGAAGAUGAUGAAGACAUUUACGAACAACGAACUAGCAGCCAGUAUAACAACACAGCCUCGAUCUACCGGAAUAAUCUGCUCCAGAGGAAACUUAUUGAAAACAACAUUGCCAUUUGGAGAUCUCUCAUCGCUUUCACCCGCAGCUUCGUGCUGAGUGCCUCCAAGCAGCUCGUCACCACCGACCAAAUGCUCAUCAAAUCCCAGGUCAACCUGCAGUCCGCCCACACAUCUCUCCAGCAGGCACAGAAGAACGCUCAGGAACUGCAAUCCCGAGUAGCUAGCGUGAUGACCAGCAGCUUCCUGCCGCACAUAAACAUCCAGAAAGCUAGCUGAGUUAUACUUAUUCUGUAUUUGCUGAUAAACGAUCAAAUCUAGGCUAA